CUACAGUCUCCACACUGAGGAUGAUGAUGAUGGUGAUGGUGAUGGUGGUGAUUAGGAUGAGGAUGAUGAUGAUGAUGAAGAUGAUGGUGGUGAAUGGACGGAGCCCCUCCCUGUGAGCGCGUGGUCUUUUCUUUUGGGAGGGGUGGGUGCCCUGUUGCCAUGGAAACGGCGCAGACGCGUGGAAGUGACGAAGAGGCAUCAAAAGUGGCGAUGAUGAAGCAGGAACCACUCCUGAUGCAAAAACUCCUCCAGCUUUAGGACUUAAUAACAGGCGCUUAUAACAGCCACAUGAGCGGAUCGCGCAUCAUGGGGAUCACAGCUUUAACUUUCUAAUCUGGUGAAAUGUUACAAUGACGUUGGCGGAUCUAUAACGCUAGAGAAACUUGGAGGAAAGGAAAAAAAAAAAAGAAACACUCCAGACUUGUGACUCCUCAUGGCCAGACUUGGGUUUACAUGGUUUGUUCUUCUGAGUAUAAUGCCACUGCAAACUGAUGCCAUAGAGACAGUGAACGUGGUGGAUUUCUGUGGCCAGACAGUACGGGGGGAUGGCAUGAUCGUCCGGUCCCACCAGGAGUCGCGCAGGUACUACUUUGUCAGCAUGGGCACCGACUGCCACCUGACCGUGCAGGCAGCCACGCCCCGCGACAAGGUGCAGUUCCAGUUCCGCUUCUUCCUGGUUUACAGCCUGCUGCGUGUGUCACCCUUCAGCCCCGUCCCCUUCGUCCCAGAGUCGGCCCGGGGUCCCUCGCAUUCGGGUUCCACACGGCCUGACCAGCGCAUGGAGCCUACGCCGGAUGAGGGCCAAGGAGACCCGUGUCACGCUGGUUCUUACAUCCAGUUCUAUGAUGGGCGGGAUAAGAUGGCGCCCCCUAUCGGGCCUCCACUUUGUGGAAAGAGCCUGCCACGCCCAGUCCUGUCCACUGGAAACUAUCUGACUCUGCGACUGGUGACCAGGGGGACUCAACCACGUGUGGAUUUUGUUGGGGACUUCACCUCAUUCAGACUGGGGUUUAAUCAAUCUGAAUGCAGCAGUGAGCCUUAUUUCACCUGCCAAAAUGGAAAAUGCAUCCCAAUGAGUCUGGUGUGCAAUGACGACAAGGGAAUCGACAACUGUGGAGAUGGCACCGACCUGCAAGAUUACCCAGGAUGCAACAGUCUGUUGUCCACAGCUAGCACACGUCAGCCGUAUGUAACUCCUCCGCCCAUGUCGAAUGUGGCCACCAUGAGGGCAUCGACUCUGGAGAAGUGCAGUGGCUCAAACCUCAUCCCCGACAUUGAUUCUGUCACUGAUUCUCCUCCGUACGUGUCUCUGCUGGCGCUCUACGUGGUUCUUGGAGUUCUGGCCGGCUCAGUGGUCGUGUGCUGGUGCUGCUGGUCUCCCGGCUGGUUCCUCUGGAGAGUGAGUGUGUUUCGUUUCCUGCCGUGCUGUAACUCCUGCUGUGCCUCGUGUCAGCUGUGCAGCCGGAGCUGCUUGCAGAACAAAGAACACCGGCUGGCCAAGGUCACACCGCAGCAAUCCUCCACGCCCGCAGCCUCCACCACCACCGUGGCCGUGUAGAGUCUGCACAGGAGGACUCGCUCUGAAAGUGUCUGAUGGAGUGAUGGAGAAGGACACUGUGGUGGUAACGUGUUCAUCAUGACGCGUGCUCAAAGACGUGCGUUUGUGGUUUGGAACUGGGGCAAAUAUUUUGUUUUCUGUCUGCUGCUUUUAUAUGAAAUUGUGUUAUCGUGUUUUUAUGUCUUAAAAAUUUGUGCAGUUCAGUUUCGUGUAUCGCUCACUGGAUAUACAGAAGAAGAUGACGUCAGUAUUAUCACAGCGAUCCCAGGCACUCUGUGCUCAUUUAUAACCAGAAAAUGGACCUAAAAGAGGUAUUCACAUUUCCCAAAAGGACCAUGCACAAAAGGCGUUCAAGUCCGGACCGAUUCUGUUUUCAAAACGACAGUCCAAACAGUUUCACUAUUCCCAGAGCUAUUGUUGAAGAUGCUUACAUAACAGCUAUGAGUGUCUCGGUGUCAGUUUGGCACGUUGCUCUGUCGUGAUGAGGUGCAUUUUUCCUCACGGCUGUUGCUCAGUUACUGAGCUCUGUCCUGUUCACCCAGAGGUCAUGUCCUGAAGCGUGCACUCUGCUCUUAUACGGCUCUGUAAUGGAGCCCCACCACACAACAGCACAAACACUGCUCACUUACAGCUCAGUAUCAUUUUGCAUUAGUCCUGCUUUGGGUUUAGUCUCAGUUUGGGUUUACUCUCGUUCUGGGUUUAGUUUGAGUUUGAGGUAGGUCUCAUUUUGGGUUUAGUCUCAUGUUGGGUUAAGAAUCACUUUGGGGUUCAGUCUCAGCUUGAGUUUAAUCUCAGUUUCUUCUUAGUCACACGUCUGUGCCCAGUCUGGUUUGGGCUUAGUCUCAGUUUGUGUUUCGUCUCAUUUUGAGUUUAGUCUCAUUUUGAGUUUAGUCUCAUUUUGAGUUUAAUCUCGGUUUGGGCUAGUCUCAGUUUGAAUCUAGUCUCAGCUUGUGUUUAGUCCUGGUAUGGACACAGUCUCAGUUUUGGUUCAGUCUCAGUUUGGGUUUUAUUCUUACUUUGGGUUUAGACUUGUUUUGGGUCUAGUCUCAGUUUGGGUUCAGUUAUGGGUUAGUUUUAGUUUGAGGGACAGCUGGGAAAGGCAACAUUGCUGACUUUGUUACACUGAUGAGCAAAAACUGAGACUAAACUCAAACCGAAACUAAGAUCACUGAUACUAAACCCAAAUCAACACUAAGCCAAAUUUAAACUAAACCCCUGUUCAGACUAAAGCCUGUUUUAUGCUACGUUCUGUGUUUAGUAAAGCCACUCUCUGAAACAAGAACCGCCCACCUUGCAGUGAUUGGUCAAUAGUGACAUAUGGAGUGUGAAUAGAAACAGGCUGGAAAUUUUCGUCUUUGCUUUUAUUUCGAGCGUCUCUCAGAAGCUCUUAUGAUCAUUUGUAAUCUAAACUUUAUACCAAAUUGUAAACUAAACGUAGCUGAAACUGGGCUUAGUCUUGGUUUGGGCGUGUUCAGUAUCACAUUUCCCUCGGGGUCUCUGUUCUGCACGUGUUGAUGCACUGUUGAAGGGGUUUGGGUCAGAUUGGAAAAAUAAUGGUACAUAAUAUUUCUAAGAGAGAUAUUUCUAAGACUGAUCAAAUAUUAUACCAAAAACUGUGUUAGUCUCUAGCUAUAUGUCUAUAUAUAUAUUUUUAUGUAUUUUUCUUCUUGUGGAUUUAUGUAUUUUCCAAGUAGAUAGUUUGAUAUGAGUGUAGAUACCACUGUCUUUGUUUUUUAUGCUUGAUUAAAAUUUGAAUGUAAAUACAGAUAUAAUGUAUGAUUUAUGCUUUUCAUACGAGCUCUGGAACAUUCACA